CAUCGAUCACAUCCGAUGCUCCACGUAACUAGGUAGGGUCGGAAUUCGUCACCCAGCACCAUUCGCUCACUUGUUCAUUCAUAUUCGGCUCACCUAAAGAACCUUCAUCCACCGUCGCCGUAUUCUCCCUCAACCGGCGCACCUUUUGCGAUAUAUCUAUCUUCUCCUGCUCUGAUCAUCCGCCUUUCCUUUCCCCGCUUCUAUACACCUUGGAGCCGUGUCGCCGCUCGAUAUCAGUUGCCAUCGGAUCCAUCGAAACUCACACUCCUCACUCUUAUCAAGCCCACCAUGGCUGAGGAAGACCAAACGGCCGGGGCAUCGGAGGACGUCCAUGUCACGUUCAAUGUGAAGGCUGCCAACGACCAGAAAUACGUCCUGACGCUCUCGGAGAACGCAACCGUUUCAGACCUGAAGGGCAAGUUGGCCACGGCGGAAUAUGCUGAUAUUCCCGUUGAACGGCAACGAUUGAUAUAUUCGGGGCGGGUCUUGAAGGACACCGAUACGCUAGCCUCGUUCAAACUCAAGGAUGGAAAUACGAUACAUUUGGUCAAAGGCGCAGCGAGCAACGCCAGACAGAAUCCGACAUCCCAAAGCACCAGCUCGACAAGCCCUGCUGGACAACCCUCGAAUCCAGCGUCAAAUGUUCCUACAAAUAUAGCAGCUGGUACUGGAAACAAUCCCUUUGCUGCUCUCACGGGUGCCCGGUACGCAGGGUUUCACGGUUUACCCAGUGCCAGUACAUUCGGUCCGGAUGGAGGGAUGGGUCCACCACCGGAUCCCGAUACGCUUUUACGACUGCUCGAUGACCCCAACGUUCUCCAACAAUUCAACGAAAUGAUGAACAAUCCCCAAGUUAUUGACAUGAUGCAAAAUGCUCCCGAAAUGCGCGCCAACCCUCAAUUCCGAGAAAUGUUCCGAAAUCCUGAAACGCGGAGAAUGUUGACAGAUCCCAACAUGAUCCGUCAAGUGCUGCAAAUCCAUCGCGCGUUCGGAGGCGCCGGUGGCGGUGAGAACGCAUUUCCUGCUCCGGGUGUGACGAACACCACGCCUCAGCAAGACGGGGCUGGAAACCAGGGCCAGGAAGGCACCGAUCCACCUGCCUUUAACCCAUUUGCUCUGUUUGGAAAUCUACCCGGUGGUGCUGGCGGUGCUGGGGCCAACCCAUUCGCAUCGCUUUUCCCGCAAGGACAGACUCAGGCCGGACAAACUACCCAGCCGAGCGAACGGACGGGCGAAGCACAAGAACAACCGAACCAACAGAAUCAACCAACCCAGCCAACCCAACCCAGUCCAGCCAACCCUUUUGCCGCGCUAUUCGGUGCGCCUCCGUCCGGCGACGCAAACUCGCAAGGAGCCAAUCCGAUCGCACAAAUGACACAACAAAUGAUGCAGAACCCCGAGGCCAUGCGUGCGGCUAUGCAGAUGAUGCAAGGAAUGAACGGAGGCGGUCUUGGGGCAGGACAAGGAGCCGAUGAAGGAGCCGGGCAAGGAGCAGGAGGAAACGGAUUGGGCGGGAUGCCAUGGAUGUUUGGGGGCGCUCAACCUCAAGCUUCUCCUCCGGACGACCGACCACCGGAGGACCGAUAUGCGGACCAGUUGCGACAGUUGAACGAUAUGGGGUUCUAUGAGUUCGAGCGAAACGUUCAAGCAUUGAGGAGGUCAGGGGGGAGUGUACAAGGCGCGGUAGAGUAUCUCCUUUCUGGAUCAUGAUAGCAACGAGUAUGCGGCGAGCAUAGCGUGUGGUAUGCCGGAUGUUGGUCUGUUUCUGUUCAGGUGGUGGAGAUGACGACUGCCGUCCUGACGAUGUACAUGCUAUCAAUUAUGAUGGACAGGACGACAUUGACCAUUUCUUUAUGCUGUGUCGGGGCUUGAGUGGACGUCGUCUCACUCGGUAAUCUACCUAUUGUGUAAAGUGUAAAUUGUUCACCGGUAGUCGACAGGUAUUAGUUAGUGAUUACAAAAGGUAUGGCAGGAAUAGACAUAAUUCUCCUCACAAGGUUUUAAUCACUCAUGGAUAGCAGGCU